AUGGACAAACGCAAGAUGAUGCCAAAGAGAGCGCGUAUGGAUAGCAUGCGGGGUCCCAUCGCCAAUGGACCCCUGCAGUCUAGGCCCCUGGUGGCGUUAUUGGACGGGCGCGACUGCACCGUAGAGAUGCCGAUACUGAAGGACGUCGCGACGGUCGCCUUCUGCGACGCCCAGUCGACGUCCGAGAUCCACGAGAAGGUGCUGAACGAGGCGGUGGGCGCCCUAAUGUGGCACACCAUCAUACUGACCAAGGAGGACCUCGAGAAGUUCAAGGCGCUCAGGAUCAUAGUCCGCAUAGGCUCGGGCGUAGACAACAUUGACGUCAAAGCGGCCGGCGAACUGGGCAUUGCCGUGUGCAACGUGCCCGGCUACGGCGUGGAGGAGGUGGCGGACACCACGAUGUGCCUCAUACUGAACCUGUACCGACGGACGUAUUGGCUAGCGAACAUGGUCAGGGAAGGGAAGAAGUUCACAGGGCCGGAGCAGGUGCGCGAGGCGGCGACCGGGUGCGCGCGCAUCCGCGGCGACACGCUGGGCAUCGUGGGCCUCGGCCGCAUCGGCUCGGCGGUGGCCCUGCGCGCCAAGGCGUUCGGCUUCAACGUCAUCUUCUACGACCCCUACCUGCCCGACGGCAUCGAGAAGUCGCUCGGCCUCACCAGGGUCUACACGCUGCAGGACCUCCUAUUCCAGAGUGACUGCGUGUCAUUGCACUGCAGCCUAAACGAGCACAACCAUCACCUCAUCAACGAGUUCACUAUCAAACAGAUGCGUCCAGGCGCAUUCCUAGUGAACACCGCCCGCGGCGGCCUAGUGGACGACGAGGGGCUGGCGGCGGCGCUGAAGCAGGGGCGGAUCCGGGCCGCCGCGCUAGACGUGCACGAGAACGAGCCCUUCAACGUUUUCCAGGGCCCGCUGAAGGAGGCGCCGAACGUGCUGUGCACGCCGCACGCGGCGUUCUACUCGGACGCGUCGGCGCAGGAGCUGCGCGAGAUGGCGGCGUCGGAGAUCCGGCGCGCGAUAGUGGGCCGCAUCCCCGAGUGCCUGCGCAACUGCGUCAACAAGGACUACUUCCUGGCGGGCGCGGCGCCGCCCGUGCUGGGCGCGCCCGCGCCGCCGCUGCCCGCGCCCGCGCCCUACGCCGACGCCGUCAACGGCGGCUACUACGGCGGCGCGCAGGCCGCGCACUCCACCACCGUGCACGAGCCGCCCGCGCUGCCGCCGCAGCCGCAGCCGCCGCCGCAGCCGCCGCAGCCGCCCAUCUCGCUGCCCAUCAACACCUCGGACCCGGCCAACCACCAGCUGAAGCAGGAGAGCUCCGACGUGCAC